CGCAAACAAUAAAACGUCUCUGGUCCUUUCGCCAUCAGUCCUGCAUAAGUAGGCCUCUGGCUCACUCGACACCAACCCAACCAACGGCUACUGUUGCAUUUCUCGGGUGGGAUUGCUCAUAAAACUUCAAGAUGGCCGUGCUUCGAGUGACAACCGUUCUGCUAUUAGUUGUGGUCAUGACCUCCAAGGCCGUGGAGUUUCCAGUCAUGAAUGUGCCCCAACUCAUUCAAUACUGGGGAUAUCCCGUGGAGAGCCAUUGGAUCACUACUUCAGAUGGUUAUAUUCUCAAUUAUCAUCGCAUUCCAUACGGAUCAAGCGAAAAAGGUCAUCCUCGAAGUUUAGUGCGAGGCAAAGGCCACGAAGGACGUCAACAGCAAUCCAAACCAGUCAUGUUUUUGCAACAUGGGCUUUUUGGCAGCUCUGCCAGAUUCACAGCUGGGCCACCAGAGAAGUCCCUGGCUUUCAUCAUGGCAGAUGCCGGUUAUGAUGUUUGGGUCGCCAACACGCGGGGCAACACUUAUUGUCGAAAUCACACCACUCUCGAUCCUGACGUGGACAAGGAGGAGUUCUGGAACUUCGAUUGGGAAGUUGCGGGACUCGAGGAUCUUCAGGCAGGAUUCAGUUACGUUCUUGAGACCACUGGUCAGAGCAAACUCAUUUACGUGGGACACAGCAUGGGCACGAGUGAGUUCCUGGCUGCAUCUGCCGUUCAACCCGAAAUCCAAGUCAUGGUCUCGGCUGCCUUCCUUCUGGCCCCUCCCUCAUACUUUGAUUACAACACGGGGAUCCUAGUGGAGUUGGCCCAAUACGUUGACGAACUUGAGGGAGCCUUCGAGUUCCUAGACCUUUGGGAACUAUUCCCAGAUUUCCCUUUAACCUCUGAAGUGGGGCAUGAUUUGUGUGACGAGAUCCAUCUAGAGGAAAACUAUGACACUUGCAUGAGCUUGGCCGAUUCCAUUGUUGGAAUCAGCCCAGGAAAUUUGAACAACUCCAUGUUGCCGAUUUAUUUCGAUUCCUGGCCAGAGGGCUCGUCUGUAAAGUGCCUGGUUCAUUAUGGACAACUCAUCAACUCUGAACACUUUUUUGGGCGCUAUGACUACGGAGACGCCAACAUGGAACAUUACGGCCAAGCAUCUCCCCCGGCCUAUGAUUUGUCCAAGAUCACUCUACCCAUUCACAUAUUCUAUGGGGAUGGGGAUACCCUUGUGGAUGACAUGGAUGUAGAAGCUCUUGCGUCCAAUCUUCCCAAUGUCAAACUGUUAUACAAAGUUCCAUUUGAGGGAUGGACCCACAAUGACAUGUGCUACGCCAUCCAAGCGCCAGAAUUAGUUUACUCUGUCAUUAUGGAAAAUGCAGCCAAAUAUGUUUAACUCGUUAAAACUUGAAAAA